AUGUCUAAAUCAUCAUCAAAACUAAAGCGAGAGGCAGAAAAAUUAAAACGUGCAGCUAAAACUCAAGUGGAAGCAGCAAAAAAUGAUAUUGAAAGUGUUAAUAAUCUUGAAUCGUCCAUGCAAGGGCUUUCUCUUGGAGAUAGGAAUGCAACAGGUGUUUUAACGAGCCGAUUAAUGAGCCGAGAUAUUAAGAUAGAACAAUAUACAUUAAGUUUUUAUGGAAAAGUAUUAAUAGAGGUAUAUAUGCCCACUAUUGAAUUGAAUUAUGGGCAAAGAUAUGGGCUUUUAGGGGCAAAUGGGUCUGGAAAAAGUACAUUUUUGAAAUCAUUAGCCUCUAGAGAUGUUGAAAUUCCUUAUCAUGUUGAUAUUUAUCUUUUAAAUCAAGAGGCAGAGCCUUCAGAAACCAAUGCGAUUGAUUUUAUUAUUGGAUCGGCUAAAGAAAGGGUUUUAAAGAUUGAAGAAGAGAUUGAGAAACUUUCUGUAUUAGAUGAUGUUGAUGAGGUCUUACUUCAGGAUAAAUAUAAUGAGUUAGAAGAGUUAGAUCCUAGUACAUUUGAAACAAAAGCAAGUAUAAUAUUACAUGGACUUGGUUUUAGCGCUUCGAUGAUGAAAAAACCUACAAAGGAUAUGAGUGGAGGAUGGAGGAUGCGUGUAGCACUUGGUUAUGCAUUAUUUUUGAAGCCAACAUUACUUCUUUUGGAUGAACCCACAAAUCAUUUGGAUCUUGAAGCGGUAGUAUGGUUAGAAACGUAUCUGUCGAAGUACGAUAAAAUUUUGAUUAUUAACUCUCAUUCUCAAGAUUUUUUGAAUAAUGUUUGUACAAAUAUUAUAGAUCUUACAAUGAAUCGUCAAUUAUUAUAUUAUGGUGGGAACUAUGAUACAUAUGUACGCACGAAGCGUGAGCUUGAAGUAAAUCAGAUGAAGGCAUAUGCUAAACAACAAGAUGAAAUCGCACACAUUAAAAAGUUUGUCUCUAGUGCUGGUACCUAUGCAAAUCUUGUUCGUCAGGCAAAAUCCAAACAAAAGAUUAUAGAUAAAAUGGAAGCUGCGGGCCUUGUUGAAAAAGUUGAGCAACCUAAAAUGGUUUCUUUUAAAUUUGAGAAUGUUCGGAAACUAUCCCCGCCUAUUAUUGCUUUUAAUGAUGUAUGUUUUUCAUAUGAUGGGAAUAUUAAAAAUUCAUUAUAUGUGGAUUUAUCAUUUGCUAUAGAUAUGGAUUCAAGAAUUGCUUUAGUAGGAAAAAAUGGUACUGGGAAAUCUACUUUAUUAAAUUUAAUUAUGGGUGCCUUGAUGCCAACAGCUGGUAAUAUAUCAAAAAAAUCUGGGCUAAAGCUUGCAAAAUAUAGUCAACAUUCUGCAGAUCAAUUACCAUACGAUAAAUCGCCUUUGUCAUAUAUUCAACAUAAAUUUAAAUCGCUGUAUCCUGAACGAGAAAUUCAACAAUGGAGGAGUCACCUUGGUCGAUUUGGUUUAUCAGGUUCUCAUCAAACAAGUGAAAUCAGGACAUUAAGUGAUGGAUUGAAAAGCCGUGUUGUAUUUGCUGAGCUUGCAUUGGAAAAUCCUCAUAUUAUUCUUCUUGACGAGCCUACUAAUCAUUUAGAUAUUACAUCUAUUGAUGCUUUAGCAAAAGCAUGUAAUUCUUGGACAGGAGGAAUUAUACUUGUUAGCCAUGAUUUUCGGUUGAUUGAACAAAUAUGUAUUCAAGGUAUAGGUGAAUUGUGGGAGAUUAAGGAUAAAAAAAUUGUUAAACUUAACACAACAAUUCAAGAAUACAAAGAAUCAUUGAAAAUGGAAAGUGCAUCUGCUCUCCAAAAGGCAAAAAAUGCUUAUAGGAAAGCAUUUUAA